AUGCUUCGCAUCUGUUGCUGCCGAAAGGUCUGCAAGUCGUGCGAGCGCAAGAUCGGCUUCGGCGCGUGCCCUCUCUGUCGGAUAUCAUGCCCAAAUGACGAUGCGGAGCUGCUCGCGCGUCUUCGCCGCCAUGUGGAGAACGAGGUGCCGGAAGCGAUUAGGUUUUUGGGAGACGCGUACUGCGAAGGUCGGUACGGUCUCGUGAAAUCCGAUAAGAAAGCCGCGAAGAUUUGGAAGCGCGCAGUGGAGCUCGGGAACGUGGAGGCAAUGGUCAGACUUGGGUACUCGUACGAAACUGGAAGUGGCGUCAAGCUGGACAAGAAGAAGGCGGAGCGGCUGUAUCGCGCAGCCGCAGACCGGGGCCACGCGGUCGCGCAAUUCAAUUUAGGGAUUCGCCUUCAUUCUGAGGAGAAACAUGAAGAAGGGUUCCGGUACUACGCGCUCGCGGCGGAUCAAGGCUAUACCAAUGCGGAGAACAACCUUGGCUGCUGUUAUGAGCGCGGAAAAGGCACGGAGGUCGACCUCGGCAAAGCCAGAUACUGGUUCGAGCGCGCCGCUGCCAAGGGCCACGAGAAAGCGACACAGUCCCUCGCGCUUGCGUACCGCCGCGGUUACUUUGGCCUGGUGCAAUCCGAUAAGAAAGCCGCGAAGAUUUACCGGCGCGCCGUGGAGCUCGGGAACGUGGACGCGAUGUCACGACUUGGGGAAAUGACCGAGUAUGGAAGUGGCGUCAAGCUGGACAAGAAGAAGGCGGAGCGGCUGUAUCGCGCGGCCGCGGACCGGGGCUGCGCGAUCGCGCAAAGCAGUCUGGCGUAUUUACUUCAUUCUGAGGGGAAAUGUGAAGAAGCGUUCCGGUACUUCGCGCUCGCGGCGAAUCAAGGCGAUACUAUUACAGAGAGUUGCCUUGGCUGUUGUUACAGGGACGGAGAAGGCACGGAAGUCGACCUCGGCAAAGCCAGAUACUGGUUCGAGCGCGCCGCUGCCAAGGGCGACGAGAGAGCUAUAGAGAGCCUCGCGGCCCUCGACGCGCGCGUAUAG